UCAAUUCUUCUCCUCAGCUGGUCCUCUCAAAUCUACUACGAUCUAGGAUUCCCCUUUUCUUCUCCUUCAAAUCUUCCCUUUUGCUUGUGUUUUAUUUUCCUCUGAAUCAGUGUUUAUCGGUUGAAAUAGAGACUCGCAAAAUCUAAAGAUCCUUUUUUUUUUGCUCCCCCAUUAAGAUUUUUUGAUGUUUAUUUGGGAGACCCAUAUCAUAAAUUUCUCCGUCCGAAGAUCCACCGUCUUGGCAAGUUCUCGUCUUUUCUGAAUCCCUGUUUAAAUUGGAGCUUAUUAGGGAGACCCAUUUGAAAAAGGAAGCAGCUUGGCAUCAUUCUAGCAGAUGGGUACCGGCUCAUUCCGUCUAAAACCUAUGAAAAACCUCUCCUUCCUGCAAAAGUUUCGAUCCCUCUGAGGAUUUCUGAGCUGACCAGAGAAACCCGUACUGCGAGUUUUGUAAAUGGGGCCCCACGACGGCGAAGAAAAUGAGGCCACGGAGCUUACAGGAGGUGAGGAUUCAGCGGAGAAAGAAACCUCGGAGGAAGAGAGAAGCUUUAAAUCUUUCCUCUCGUCGCCCCUUGUUUGGUUCACGAUGCUAGUGAAGGAGCUGCAUUGGAGCUUUGUUUUCGGGGUUUUCAUUAUCUACGGAGUCAGCCAGGGCGUGGGUUGGUCGGUGUGGAGGGUUGCAGCAGAUUACUAUUGGAAAGAUGUUCAAUUGAAGCAGCCAUCACAGGCCCAGGUCUACCAGGGGAUUACUAACAUUCCUUGGAUCGUGAAGCCGAUUUGGGGGCUUCUCACUGACGUUCUUCCCAUGGCCGGAUAUCGAAGGCGCCCGUAUUUUCUUUUUUCAGGUUUUCUGGGAAUAAUCUCUAUGCUGACACUUUCACUGCACAAGCAACUGCAUGUGUUGUUUGCUUUACUGGCAAUGACGGCAGGGAGUGCUGGUGUAGCAAUAGCAGAUGUGACGAUAGACGCCUGUGUUGCUCAAAAAAGUAUAACUCAUCCACAUCUUGCUGCUGAUAUGCAAAGUUUGUGUGGGUUAUGUUCAUCCAUAGGAAGCCUUUUGGGCUAUUCCAUCAGUGGUUUACUCGUUCAUGCUGUCGGUCCACAGGGUGUACUAGGCUUGUUAAGUAUUCCUUCUGCACUGGUGUUUACAGUUGGAAUGGUGAUGAAGGAAGCUCCUACACCUAAAUUUGAAUACAACGAGGUGUGCGAAAAGUUCCUGCAAGCCAACCGAACUAUGUGGACAACUUUAAAAUGCCCUGCUGUCUGGCGGCCAUGUCUAUAUAUGUAUAUCUCAUUUGCUCUUAGCUUGAAUAUCCAAGAAGGAAUGUUCUUUUGGUACACAGAUCCAAAAGCAGGCCCACCUUUUUCUCAGGAAACAAUAGGAUUCAUAUUUGCAGUGGGCUCAAUUGGAGGUCUUCUUGGAGUUGUACUCUACCAGAACGUUUUCAAGGAUCAUGCAUUCCGCGGCAUGCUCUUGUGGAGCCAGGUUCUUUCUUGUUUAGCCGGGAUGUUGGACCUUGUGUUGGUCUUUAGAUUGAAUUUAAAGCUUCGCAUACCCGAUUUCUUCUUUGGUGUUGUCGAUGAGAGCGUAUCUCAAUUGAUUGGCAAGCUCAAAUGGAUGCCGCUUUUAGUUCUAAGCACCAAGCUUUGUCCUUCUGGCAUUGAAGGCACCUUCUUUGCCUUACUCAUGUCAAUUGAUAAUUUCGGUUUGCUUACAUCUUCAUGGGGUGGUGGUCUUUUGCUACAUAUUUUGCAUGUUACUCGCACCGAUUUUGGUAACCUUGGAGUUGCUAUCUUGAUCCGAAACUUAAUGAGAUUGUUACCACUAACAUUGAUAUUGCUUGUGCCUAAAAGUGAACCAGAUGCGAACAUUCUUCCUGUUGAUAUGCUAGUGGAGAAAAUCGAUAAUAGUCCAGAUACAGAAGUGGAAGAUAUCGAACUGGUUUCACUUGUUGGUCAAAUUCAAAGACAAUGAUAUCAUUCAUUUCGAAGAUUUCGAGGUUUUCAAAGGUUUCUAUACAUACCGCCUUUCAAGUCAUUGAUGUUUAUGGCAUGAAAUUUUUGUAAUUUUGUGUGUUCAUUUUGCUUCUUUAUAUGUCGAGGUAUAGAAAUUGCUGAAUAUUCUUUGUUUUAUUAAUGAGAAUAUGUCUCCAUUUGAUAUUUUUCAGAUAUAAGUACAUACAUAUACAUGCGUA